UCAAUGCGUUGUGUCGCCGCUCUGGUAUUUUCACGCGCCAGGUGAACGAAAAAUCGCGGAUCUGCUCACCUUUCCGAUAUUUUUGAUCUUGGUACGUCCGCGCGACAUUACUGGUGAUUUGGUGAAUUCAAUAGUAAUUUUUUGUGAAAAUUAUCCCCUUUCCCAACUAAAAGCAUCCUCACAAUAUUCCUCAACUGCACAAUAUUCAACUAGCCCUUUAGUACGGCUACAUUCGCAUUUAGUGGGGUUAUUGGAACACUAUCUUCACCUUCGGUUGAAAUAUCUGAAAAAUGUAACAGUCAUCGGAUCGCGGAACUAAGAAAUAUCUGUAUUGUUAUAGAAGUGAACGAAGUGAGUGGGCGAGUUAAGUGCAAAAUCUAUUUAUUUCGUCUUGAGCUUAGUUGUGUACGAAAGUAAGGUUGGUCGGUGUCACCUGGGACCUGAUUGUGUCUUAUACACUACUUUGGAUAUUCGCCAACAAACUGGAUUUUAAAUUGCGAAACGGCGCCAUAUUAAUUAACUCGAAGAAACCUACACAAGCACCAUGAUGAGAUAAAAAAAGAAAGUGAAAAACCAAAAUACUCGCGUAUGCAAAUGUAAACUAUCUUUUUAUCACAUGAAAAUCGAGAGUGAAAUCUACGCUGCGUUCGUUUCAGAUUCAAAAUCUGUAUAGAAAAAUAGGAGAGAAUUAUAAAAAAAAGAAAAUCCAAUCAAAGUGUAAGUGAUAGUGAUAGUGAUUCGAUCAGGUUUUAUGUGUUUUCUACCAUUUGAUUCGUGGUCUUCGUUGUUGUUGUCGUUUUCGUCUUUAUUUUCGUUAUCGGCAGAAAGACGUUAACUGAAAAGCAGAUAGUCAUUUCUCAUCGAGUUUUCAUCGUGGAUUUUCAAGUAAAGUGAUCGGGGGCCGAUUGCAAAAUGUUGUCGGAGCCGCAUACAGAUCACAACAACAACUAUAAUCAGCGUAAUAACAAUGGCGGUGACGCGUACAAACAAACGCGCAUAUUGCAAAAGAACAACGGAUCGCAAAAUUCACCAACGGACGAAACCAACAACCGCAACGAAGGUAACCGUCGCGCCAAUGUUAACAACGGUGACGGCCGUAGUGGGAGCGAUCCGAAAGGUAUGAACGCUAACCGUGGCGGGUUAAAAUGUGAACGUAGUGUGCCAAAAAGUGGGGUUCAAUUGAGCCGCGCCGGUGACCAGCAGCAGCAAGAACUAGUGAAACUUGUCUUAGGUUCCAGUGGCCAAAAGCGGCAACUUGGGUCCCAAGUCCGAAAAUGGUCUGCAGCUGCCGCCGCUGGAUCAUGCCGUUGGAAUGACAAAGGAGGAAUCUUACUGGCCGUGGUUGUGACGUCACUGUUGUCUUUCACCACCGAAGUUAGUUGUCAAGUAUGCGGACAACCUGCUGUUCCACUUAAUGCCAAAGUUAAAACAACGUCUGGAGACAAUGGAAUCAUGGAAGCAAAAUAUGAAUGCGAUCCCGGCUAUGAAUUGUUCGGACCCAGCACGAUAAAGUGUGAUCCCAGGAGAGGCUGGGAGCGAGAAUUGCCAUUUUGUGGAACAAAUGUGGCAUUUAGAAAACCAGUAAAUCAAAGUUCGUACACGCGCCAGGGACCAGCUGUAUAUGCAAACGAUGGGAAACCAGGAAACCAGAAUCCAGACGGUCAAGAAUGCUCUGAAACUCAAAAGGAAACAUCUCCCUGGUGGAAAGUGGAUUUAAUCACUCCACAAGCUGUAAGAGUCGUGAGGAUAACGACACGCGGUUGUUGCGGUCAUCAACCAAUACAAGAUCUUGAAAUUCGCGUUGGGAAUAGCAGCGUAGAUCUUCAGAGGAAUCCUCUUUGUGCGUGGUAUCCAGGCACAGUGGAUGAAGGAAUAACGAAAACAUUUACCUGUGCAAGAGCACUUGUUGGCCAAUAUGUGGCUAUACAAUUGGUAGGCGUUGAAGGCAGCUUGAGUUUAUGUGAAGUAGAAGUUUUCACAAAUGAAGAAUUCUCUGUGGAAAAAUGCACAGCACCGAAUCUGAGUCCUGAAACAGUUGUUGGAACUUUCUCAAGAACUUGCUAUGAAUUUCAUGUGACACGAGGAGAAAAUUUUGAGAAGGCUCAGCAAAUAUGCCAAUCACAUGGUGGUGAUUUGAUACAUAAUUUCCGAGAUAUCGCAAACGACUACAUCUUGUCAGAGUUGGAGCGACGAAAAGGUGAACUGAAAACCCAACUUGUGUGGAUUGGAGCACAAAAAGAACCUGGCAUUACAUCACGUACAUGGAAAUGGGUCACAGGUGACCUUGUAUUAAGACCUGCUUGGGGCAAAGAUCAACCGAAUAACUAUAACGGAGAACAGAAUUGUGUAGUUUUGGACGGAGGACGCAACUGGCUAUGGAACGAUGUCGGUUGUAAUUUAGAUUACUUACAUUUCAUAUGUCAGCAUGCACCUUUAUACUGUGGAUCACCAGAUUCACUGCAGAAUACCACAGUGAUAGGUAAAAACUACACAGUUGGCAGCAAGAUCACCUAUACUUGCCCAAAAGAUCACGCCCUUAUCGGUGAGGAAAUACGUACGUGUACAAGUGAAGGGGUCUGGAGCGGAAGAGCUCCAACAUGCAAAUAUAUCGAUUGUGGCCCAUUACAACCUAUUAGAGAUGGACUGAUCAAAAUUUCGGGAACGGUAACUACUUACGGAGUGACAGCGAAAUACGUUUGCAACACCAACUUUACAUUAAUUGGCAAUGAAACAAGAACUUGUGGUCUGGAAGGUUGGUCUGGGGAAACACCUCAAUGUCUGAUCGACUAUUGCCCAGAGCCUCCAAGUAUUUCUGGAGGAAAGGUGGUUAUUACUGGAAAACGAUCUGGCUCCACUGCAAUGUACGAAUGCCAAACUGGCUACGUAUUGUCUGGUGAUCCUAUUAUUACGUGUGGCCUAGGAGGUGAAUGGACUGGCAAGCCCCCUUCUUGUCGAUAUGUUGAUUGUGGAGCUCCUCCACGUCCGGAUCAUGGCACAGCAAUGCUCCUCAAUGACUCAACUACUGUUGGUGCAAUGGUAAAAUACCAAUGUGAGGAUGAUUACUGGCUUGUAGGCCCAUCAGACAUGUCGUGUACUAAAGAAGGAAAAUGGUCCGGAGAAGCACCCAUUUGUGAACUGAUUACAUGUGAUACACCUCAUGUCCCACCAGGAUCUUACGUAGUUGGCUACGAUUACAACAUUCACUCUACAAUUGAGUAUCAUUGUGAUCCUGGACAUAUAUUGCGAGGUGCACCUAUCCUGGAAUGUUUGGAAACAGGUGAAUGGAGUGGGGACGCACCGUUUUGCGAAUUUAUUGACUGCGGUUUGUUGCCACCAGUACCGUUUGCAACUCAUAAAUAUGUUCAAAACACAACUUUCAUUGGAUCUGAAGUAGUUUUCACUUGCGCAGCUACACAUAAGCUCUCGGGGGUAACGAAGCGUACAUGCUUGGAAUCAGGAUUAUGGAGCGAUUUGCCACCUAAAUGCGAAGAAAUAAGAUGUCCAGAACCAACGCUGGCUCCCCACAGCAUAUUAUCUGUCACAGGCAAUGAUCGUAUGUACGGCAGAACAUUAAUAAGAACUGCAGAAUCUGGACCAAGCACUGCACAAACAUAUAAAGUGGGGGCUCUUGCUAAAUAUCGUUGCGAGCGAGGAUACAAAAUAGUUGGCGAACCGCUGAUUACAUGUGAAGACAACGGUCUGUGGAGCGGCGAUAUUCCUGAAUGCAUUUAUGUAGAAUGUGGCAACCCACCGUCAAUAGAGCGAGGAAAACUUACAUUAGCAACAAAUGCCACAUAUUACGGAGCAGCAGCUCUUUACGAGUGCAACAGCAACUUCAAACUGCAUGGAGUGUCCAGAAGAUUAUGUUCAGAAGAUGGAACUUGGAGUCAUGAAACGCCAUCAUGUCAAGAGAUUACUUGCGAUGAGCCGGAAGUAUCAGAAAUGGUUUUGGUAGAUUCGGGUACACGGUCAGUGGGAUCAGAAGCCAAAUUUAGCUGCAUGCGGGGAAGAUAUCUAGUUGGAAACGAUACCAGAAUUUGCCAAAAAAGUGGACAAUGGACCGGAAAGUCACCAAUCUGCAAACCGGUUGAUUGUGGACUGCCAUUACCUAUUGAAAAUGGUCGGGUUAUAGUCGUCAAUGAAUCAACAAUCUAUGGAGGAUCAGCUGAAUAUCACUGCUUACCAAAUUUCAACCGCAUCGGGCAAUUUCUACGAAAAUGUCUAGAAGAUGGCAAGUGGAGUGGAGAAGAACCACGAUGUGAAGUCGCGGCCAAUGAGGCCCAAGAAAGCUCCGGCUUAGGAACAGGAAUCGCAAUUGGAGCAACAAUCAUUGUUGUACUCCUAAUCAUAAUUGGGUUAAUAUUCCUUCAUCGAAAUAAAGCGCGCCCAGUUAAAAACACAGAGAAUGUUCAAGCCGCCGAAACGAAGGAGGAUCGAAAUGCUUCUGUAAUGUCUUACGCUACAUUAGAUGGGAGAGGAAGACCGGAACUUGCAAACCCUGCCACAUUCAAUACAUUCCAUCGACCUAGUCAUUCUAGAAAUAGGAACAUAAAUAAUAAUCUGCGAGCAACAGAAAAUAUCUACGAUCAAAUACCUAACGAACAAUACUACGAUGCUCCAUACGAAAUGAGAACAAACGAUGAAGUGUAUGAACCAGAGCCCUCGGGUAAUAUGAUAACCAUUAACGGAAUUUCUGUGCGGUAGAGAAAGGCGUCCAUUUUGAGGCACUGCAUAUACUAACACGUUCUUUUAAUCAAAAAAGUCUUAAAAACUGUAAACCAUCUAUUUAUAUAUACUUACCUAUGGAUGCAAAUUCUCAUUACUUUUGUAGUAUAUUUUCCUAUAUCUGUAGGUUUUAGAGUAAUCAAAUGAAAACAUGUCUACCGUUUAAACAUUUAAGGUUAGAUAUUGCUUAGUUAACGGUGUGAAUGGGGUGUGACAAUAUGAAAAUGUUUUUGUUGGAAUGAAUUGGCAAUUUGUAAAGGGUGUCAUUGAGAGACUGCUAUGUUUAUAUUGGCAUGAAUGCGAGAAACAUAAUUUUAACACGAAAAAGUAAAUCUGAAAACGGACUGUGUAUAGGACGAAAACGAAUCAAAAAAGAAACUACUGUAUUGUUCAGUUUUUCGCUUAUUUAUAAACUAGUUACUUUGAUAUUAAUUGUGUAUUAUAUUGUAAUGUACGCCAAGAUUAAAUAUUUUAAUAUAUUUAUAUGAAGC